CCUAUCACAAGAUCAUGCCAAGCUUCUUGAAAGUGGCGAUGAAUACAAUGUCAUCAUCGAAGUGGGAGAAGCGCCGCUUAGCCAAUCAUAUAAAACCCAUUCGGUUAUUUUGUGUUAUAGGUGCCCAUUCUUGUAUAAAUCACUACGGGAUAUUCCACACAAUGGAAAUAAUGUUAAAAUUCUUAACAAAAAACAUGUUUCUACCAAAGUAUUCGAUAUCAUCAUCAA